UAUAGGUUAUGUUUUGAUACUUUGACAUUUAUUUACCUACCUUAUGAAAAAUGAGUUUAAAAUGGAUAACUUUAAACGACAGAUUACAGAAUGGAGCCAAAUUAAUUAAUUCAUUGCCUACAAACAAAUUCAAGAUAAUUUUAACGCAAAUUCAAUCAUCUAAAGGAGACCCUUUCACUGAGGAAGAGUUAACUAAACUACAAGAAUCACUAAAAUUAAACAGUGCAAAUCUGCAGCUAUUAAUACAGUGUAUUGCGCAUAUUUUUAAGCAAUCCAGUAAAGUUAUAUUAAAACCAACAGUUCUGCAAAAACAGUUGGUUGAAGAUUUGAAAUUAGAUGAAGAAAAAUCUGAAGAAUUCGUAAAAAUAUGGCUGCAGGAGACCAAAAAUGAUUUUGGUAAUUUUGAAGAUCGGCUGAAAUUAGAAGACAUGUCCUGGGAGAUAAACUUGCAGACUGCUUCAAAAUUGUGCAGUAAAGAGACAAAACCCAAUGCAAGAAUACAUUUUAAAUUAUCUGAUAAUCACAAUAAAAAAGAUAAUGUUACUUUGGAACUUGAUGAGGAGGAGUUAUUAAAUUUGUAUAACAAUUUAGAGAUGAUUCAGGCCAAAUUAGACAACUUGUGAAUAAUAAAAA